CUAUCAACAUAAGGUUGGCUGUCUCCAAUUCUCAGUCUAUCAGAUAAUAUAUAGUCUGAAAGUCUAGUCGAAGUUGGGCUCUGGUCCAAACAUAUCGAUCUCCAACAUGAACGACAAAGACACCCCAACGCAGCCGGAUUUGGAAACGCAAGAGAUUUCGCCGACUUCCGAAAAAGCCCCAGAUGGAGGAUAUGGUUGGAUCGUCACAACUUCAGUGGCCAUCGUCAACGGUCAUUCAUGGGGUAUCAACGCAGCAUAUUCAGUCUUUCUCGCCCAUUUCGUCCAAGAGAAUACAUUCCCCGGUACAACUCCACUUAUGUACGCCAUCGCUGGAUCUCUCAGCGUAGGCGUUAUGAUGCUCAUCUCACCAUUCGCUACUAUCAUGGCUAGAGAACUCGGUACAAGACCGACGAUGCUUAUUGGGGCUACAGUACAGUCUGUUAGUCUUUGGUUCACGAGACGACGGGCUUUAGCCAAUGGUAUUGCCAUUGCUGGCGCUGGUCUUGGAGGCUUGACGUACUCGCUUGCUACCGGGGCUAUUAUUCGCAACAUGGGAUUAGAAUGGGCUUAUCGGAUUCUUGCCAUCGUAUCGGCGGUGGCGAAUACCACUUGCACCCUUCUUAUACGAACUCAAUAUAACUCACAAGCAACGAGACUUGCUUUCGACACGACUCUUCUGCACAGACCGGAGUAUCUUCUCGCCUUGAGCUACGGCGCCUUCAGUAUGCUAGGCUAUUUCGUCCUCAUUUUCACGCUUGCGAACUACGCAAAUGUCAUUGGACUAUCAUCAUCGCAAGCAUCGACGAUCCCAGCAUUCUUCAUGUUCGGCCAAGCUAUCGGCCGUCCAUGCAUCGGAUGGUUAAGCGAUCGAUUCGGUAGAAUCAACCUCACCUUCAUCAUGUCUUUCAUCACCGGAAUCUUAACCUUCGCGAUAUGGAUCAACGCAAAGUCAUUUGGCGUACUCCUGACGUUUGCACUUGUUGGGGGUUUAUCAGCUGGCGUCUUUUGGGUAAACAUAUCACCUGUCCUCGUGGAGGUCAUGGGUCUCGAGAACCUAGCCUCGGCGCUGAGCUGUCUUUGGGUUGCUAUGGCUGUUCCAUCGACGUUUAGUGCGCCUAUUGCUUUGGAGAUUUAUACAGGAACAGGGAGUUACUUGGGUGCACAGCUUUUUACUGGGUUUAUGUACAUUGCAGCAGCCUUUUGCGUACUUGGAGUAAGGCGGUGGAAGAUUAGAAGCUUGGCUGGCGAGAAAACAAGGUGUACUGCUUCAGCACCAGGAGAAGAUGAACAAGAUCUGAAACUGAGGCGUUGGACUUUGAAGUGCCUUCAAUUCGAUAUAGUAUAG